UUUCGUGGUGAUACCGCAGCGCCAUUUAUCAUCUGGCAACUAUUGAAAAUUCUUAUUAUUUCAUUGAAUAUAUAAUAAAGAAAAUUUCUCAAUAAAAUUUUGAAUAUUAGAACUGAUCAAAUUGUUGAAGUUUAUUGAAAAUGACAGACGAAUCUAACGGAGAGAGUACGUUCGAGUUUGUAGAAAAAAAAUCGGAUGAAACUGGCGAGAUUGUAAAAACUGAUUCAUUUUGCAGCUUGUCAUCGUCUACAUCGCUUUUAACACCUCUGGGUGUUUCAACGUCUACGGGAAAUUUAUUUUCAAAUGUAGCACCGCCAGCAGCAUUGCCCAGUUUUGUUUCAAAUCCUGUUACAAUUUCCUUUGAAAAGAAUCUUCAAAAUACAAAUGUAUCUGUACAAAAGCAAAAUGAAUUGGUUAAAAAGCAAAUUGUAUCAAGUACUUUGACAGAAAGUAAGCAGCAGCAGGAAGAACAACCAAUUACUUCUGCACCUCAAGCAACUACAAAUUCAACAAUGGAAAUGGCAGAAACACAAUUGCAAGAUUCAGGAAUGGUUGGUAGCGGUUUGCUCUCUUGGGUAAAGGAGACUGUAGUUAAUAGCAACGUUUUAAGUAAAGUUGCGGAAAAGGCAAAAAAUAGCGUUAAUACUAUGAUCACAACGUUAGAUCCACAGAUGCGUGAGUUCAUUUAUUCGGGCGGUGAUAUAGAAGUCGUAGUUGCUUCGGACAAGGAUGUUAAAAUAAGUCCAGUACGUCAAGCUUUUCAAGCAGUUUUUGGUAAAGCAACGGUUACUGGUAUAUCGGUGGAUUGUACUGCCAUAGCUACCCAACCAGUUGGUUUUGCUGCUGGUGUGAAGGGUGCUGAAGAGAGAAUCAACUCUGCACGUAACAUUUCAUCUUUGCCAAAGGAUAUUCCUAUUAUUGCCAUUGAAAAUUUUUUACUAGAAAUAGGUGAAGACAAGUGGUAUGAUUUAGGAGUGAUUCUUCUUAAUGAUCCAAAGCACAAUGUAAAUCUUCAAACGUUUACUCAAAUGACUCCUGUACCAAGUCAAAUAGUUGCAUUAGCACAGGAAGGAACGCCAGAAGGUUAUCCUCUUAAAUGGUCUGGAUUAUCGGUUACAGUUGGGAGUUUAAUGGCCAACAGUUUACAAGUUUCUCACAAUGAAUGGCAUCAUGCAUUAACUGGGGUUUCAAGAAGAGACGUGAUAUUUUUAGCAGUUGAAUCCCUUGCUGGAAUUUAUAAAAAUACAAUAAAUCCUGUCUAAUAAUUAAAUCAAUGCCGUCAAAAAGUAAGAAUUUGUAAAUAUAAUUAUAUUAAUACAAAAGAUAACAAAAUACGGUUCAGGUCGUUUGAUAGAAAGUACGAAUCAAAUAUAGUUUAACAAACUGAAAAUAAGAAGGAUAAAUGUCUAUAUACAAUGGAAGGACAGAUCAUCGUAAAAAUUAAUCAAUAUGCGAAAUGAGUAUAAAGUAAUUAACAUUCUAAGAAAAUUUUAAAAUGAAUAAACUAAUUAAUAACA